AUGAAAUCGCUCUCCUGGGAAGAAAGGGGCAUACGUGUUGAUGGAAGAUUUCUUUCGAACCUUCAUUUCGCGGACGACAUCAUUCUCUUUUCGAGCAGUACCAGUGAAGCAGAUACGAUGCUCAACGAAAUGAACGAAGCAGGAAAGACAAUAGGAGUGCGAAUAAACAGAAAGAAGACACAGUUCAUGAAGAACGCCUACUGCGAGGACGGAGGAGGACAGCUUGAAGGCUCCCAAAUCAUGGAGACUUUGUCAUACGUAUACCUCGGACGUUCUGUGAACAUGAAAAACGACUUGAAGGAAGAACUGAAUAGAAGGAUGAGAGCAGCAUUCGAGAUUCUUGAGAGAUGUCUUCUAAAAUUUAACCGGCGCACGCAACAUCUAGUCGGUCUUCGCAGCUCUGAACGUCUGAACGGUCUGAACGUCCGGCUAAAGCCGGACUUCAGCCUUUCUGUGGUGUUUCCUUCGCUCGCCUUCACUGAUCAACGAAAAAUAAUAUUAGUGUUAUUAAUCCAAUGA